CCAAUAGCCGCGCUUUCUCUCCAGAGGCGAACCCUGAUUGGGUGAAAUGUCUUUUUCCUUUCCUCUCGGUUGAAGCCGCUGGGCACGGCUGGAGGAAAGCAUGUUCUCCUCUGCCUCUUGGUGACGCUCCGCAAAGGACACUUCGUUCGUAUUCCCUCUGGUCCGGAAUGGAGAAUAUGUGUGUGUUCGUGUUCAUAUAUUGGCCAGGUUUCCCUCAAGUCCUUGCGCUCCGUCUGGUUGACUUAAAGGUUUUUCUUGUUGCUGCUGUUCUUUCUGUCCACUCUCACCCUGCGAUUACUGGAGUGCAGAGGGGCACCUAGAUAAUUUUGGAGCCUGGACGUAAAGGCCUUUGGGCCUCACCCCACUGCAAGAAAAAAUGGCUUAAGUUAUGAGGAGCAGAAGUGGAAAAGCAGACAUGAAACCUCAAGAUGACGGCUGAGUCUUUUCCCCCUAUCUUUACAAUGGGACUUUUUGUAUCCGAAUAAGAAAAUCCAGACUGACUCUGUUUCUUUGGGAAAGGUCUCUUUCAAUAGUCUUCCACACUGCACCAUUUCAGAGCUUCCUUGGAGGCUGUGUGCCUUCCAGUCCAGUGACCAUCUCCUGUGUGUGUGUGUGUGUGUGUGUGAGAGAGAGAGAGAGAGAGAACUUGGAGCCCCUCCUGCAGUUGGCUAGCCCUCUAACCUCCACAGAUGGGAUGAUACUAUAGAGCUGUUAGGAGAGGCUGUGAGCCCAUUGUGGAAAAGCCCUUGCAAGCCUAUGCUUUGCCCAGCAGAUGGCAGCCUAGAUCCGAUUGCCAUUGCAAAGCCGGAUGUCGCUCACCAGCAGAAUUUCCGUCCUGAAGCAGACGAAGAGAGGAAGCUGCCGGGUGCACCAGGGGAAGAUGGAAGCAGUGAUCUGUAUAACCAGUGAGAAGUGAGGAUAAGCAUUUCAGCUUCCACUGAUGCAAUAAGGAAUUCCAGUGAAAGAGAUCCCUGAGGCAGUGGCUUGUCCAGGGAGCAUGCUCUGUAUCCAGCUGGAACAGGACACAAGGCAGCGCUGGCAGAAAGUGUUAUACAAGAGGCAGUCAUUUCCUGAUAACUAUGUAGACCAGAGCUUUCUAGAGAAGCUACGCAAGAAUGUCCACGCACGCAAGUACCAGUACCAGGCAGUGGUGUUUGAAUCUGGAGUAGUGAUACAGCAGCUGUGCAGCGUCUGUGUCUUUGUUGUCAUAUGGUGGUACAUGGAUGUGGGAUUGCUGGCACCCCACUGGUUAUUUGGGGCUGCCCUGAUCUCUUCCCUAAUUGGUUAUGUUCUCUUUGAUGCAGUUGACUCAGGAACAGGGAGAAACAAGAGUGGGCGGACACGGUGGGCAGAUCUGAAGAGUUCUGUGGUAUUUGUGACCUUCACCUAUGGCUUUUCCCCAGUGUUGAAGACCUUAACUGAAUCCAUCAGUACAGACACUAUUUAUGCUAUGUCUGCCCUCAUGCUCCUAGGACAUCUGAUCUUCUAUGACUAUGGGGCCAACGCUGCUAUUGUGUCCAGUACACUUUCUCUCAACAUGGCCAUCUUUGCCUCUGUCUGCUUGGCCUCACGCUUGCCUCGCUCCUUACAUGCUUUUGUCAUGGUGACAUUUGCUAUCCAGAUAUUUGCUCUUUGGCCUAUGCUGCAAAAGAAGCUUAAAGCUCAGACUCCCCACUGCUAUGUGGUAGUCACUUUACUUUUUGCAGUGUCUGCAUUGAUAGGUCUGCUGACUAUCUCCAGUGUUGGCACUGUUCUCUUUGCCCUCCUGCUGGUCUCUAUCUCGUGCCUGUGCCCUUACUGCCUCAUUCGGCUGCAGCUAUUCAAGGACAACAUUCAUGGGCCUUGGGAUGAAGCUGAAAUCAAAGAAGAUAUCUCCAAGUUUCUCUUGUAGACCUUUAAACCUACAGAAUGGACAGAUUCUGUAAGAAAGUAGCCACUUUUGGUGCCAACAUGAAAAUAUCUGUUCUGGAGAGAGAAAGUGAUCGAUCCUAUGAUCACAAAGGAACAGGGCAAAGGCUACAUACUCUUCCCUCAGAGUGGGAUUUGCUGAUUUGAACUUUCUGUACUUGAAUAUUUUGUUUAUUAAUAUUCUGGCUUCUACAGAGAUAGAUAUAGUUACAACAGAUAUAGUUGCAGUUGCCAUCCUAUGAACAAGAUUUAAGGCGGUAAUUUCAGCAUUUCUAAAGAGUGACUGGGAUCUAGAAAAAAGUUUAUUGUUAAAAAUGGAAGAUUAAAUAGUCCCUUUAAAAAGAAUUAAAUCACUUGGUUUUGAGUCAUUAUGCUGAGAAUAGUUUGCCUUGUGUUUACAGAACAAACUCUGGACUUCUUCCGUGGUUCUGGCCACUAACUCUCACUCUCAUUAUCUCUCAGCCUCAGUACCCCAUAGGUAAAAUGGUCAUGAUAUAGUGACUUAUCCCUACAGGAUUUUUAUGACAAUAGAAACAAUAAAAAGUUUAAACCAU